AAUAGCGCGCUGAAGGACCCUUUCCAAGAGAGGGAACCUAAGAACCUGCAAAAAAUGGCGGCGCCCGUUCUAAACGUCGCCCUGCGCGGAUUCCGGAAGAGCAGAAGUUUUAGUACUACUGCUGUCCUCUGCAAACUGGGUGUACCUCUGGGACCAAUGCCUAAUGAAGACAUUGAUGUUAGUAAUUUGGAAGCACUGGAAAAAUAUCGUGUUUUUACUCGCUAUUUUAAGGUAGCAGAAAAAGAAAGUAAAAAAACUCCUUGGUGGCGAACGUAUAAGAAAUUCAUCACUCCAGAGGAAGAUGAAGAGGCAAAGAUCGACAUUGGUCUGCCCAGUCUUCCACUAUCACGGAAAAAUAUAUAUAAAGAGAGAAAGGCUUUUCGGAAACAAAAUUUAUCUAAUCCAGAACUGGAAAAGGCAUCCUGGCUCAAAACAUUGCAGAUUCCACUAGAUGAUGUCAAAGCUGAAUGGGAAAGAACCAGUGGCCCAUAUCACAAGCAACGAUUAGCAGAACACCAUGGACUGUACCGGGAUUUGUUUGAUAAUGCUAUGUUUGUUCCCAGAGUGCUUCUAAAAGUGGAAUAUAACCAGGAUGAGAAUUAUGUUAUGCCAGUUUAUUAUGGAAAUGUGGUUACUCCCACAGAGGCUUUUAAUCAUCCUGAAGUUUCAUUUGAAGCAGAGGAAGGAACACUUUGGACAUUGUUGCUCACUAAUCUAGAUGGGCACCUGUCUGAUGGCAAUUCGGAGUAUGUCCAUUGGUUGGUGGGAAACAUUCCAGGCAACCAAAUAGAGGCAGGGCAAGAAAUCUGCCAUUAUUUCCCUGCAUUUCCAGCCAGAGGAACAGGAUACCAUCGCUAUGUUUUCCUUCUAUUCAAACAGGACCAGCCAAUUGAUUUUACUGAAGAUGUGCGGCCAAUGCCAUGUCACAGCCUCAGAAUGAGAACCUUCAAAACAUUUGACUUCUACAAGAAGCAUCAGAGUGACAUGACACCAGCAGGACUGGCGUUUUUUCAGUGCGAGUGGGAUACGUCUGUUACAAACAUCUUUUAUGAGCUUCUUAACAUGAAGGAACCAGUGUUUGACUUUGUUCAGCCACCCAAAUAUCAUCCUCCCCAGAAGAAAUAUCCACACCGUCAGCCCCUGAGGUACCUAGACAGGUACAGGGACAGUGAUGAACCCACCUAUGGCAUUUACUGACCAGACGAACAUACUUAUUUCCAUAGGAGAUCUGAACAGAGUAAUUUGUGUGUUUGGCUCCCAACCCCCACCCACCCCGAAAAAAGAACAGAAGUCCAUAAAAUAUCAUUGAAAGUGAUCCAGUUUACCACCCACUUGGAAGAAAAUCCAGUUUCCAUCUCUUGUGUCUCAGAUGUGUUGCUAAUCUUUUUCCAGUAUUUGAUCAAGAAAACUUGAAGAAUAAAAUAUUUUUAUUUGAAUAAAAUCAGACAAUACAUUACAUGUUACAAAAAGUGAUCGAUUGCUACAGAAGCUGGAGUAUGCAUUAUCUUUCAUAUUAAAAGAGAAGGAAAAGCAUGAUUUCAAAAUAUUUGAAAACAGUUUCCUGGAAAGAAGCACAUGGAAUCCUUUGCAGGCAUAGGUUGCUGGGACUGAGUGGCAUAGGUGUGGGCUGUAGUUCCAAUGUAGUUCCAAUGUACCUGCAUUAAAGCCUCCAAAUAAGA